CGCCGGGCUCGUUCCUCCGUGCGCAGCGCCGAGCACCCAGGCUGCUCCAGCUCCGGGGCGACCCAGGGGUGCGGGACCCCAGCGCGGGGCCAGGGCCGGGCAGCACCAUGCCACCCCGCCCGGUGAAGGUGACGGUGGGCGACACGGCGGGGUCUGACGAGGCCACGGCCGGCACCGUCGUCCACAUCCACGUGCAGGAGGCGUCGUCGCUGGCCUACCUGGUGCAUGGCCUGGGUGCCGCGAGGCUGGCUGGGCACAAGUCCUGCACCCCAGUGCGCCGGGCCGUGGGCUGCUGCGCCCAGGAGCUGCGAGUGCUGGGGGCGGCACAGAUCCUGCUGGGGCUGGUGUGUGCGGCGCUGGGCCUGACGCUCUGCUUCGCGGUGGACACGGAGGAGUACUGGAAGGCGUCUCCCUUCUGGACGGCAGCUAUGUUCGUGGUAUCGGGCACGUUCUCCAUUCUCUGCCGAAAGUAUGAAGCUGGCUGCUGGGUGCUGCUCACUGCGUUCCUGGCCCUGGCCAGCAUGGUGGUGGCGGUCGUGGCCAUGGUGAUCAGUGUGCAGGGCAUCCAGCGCCAUUGGUGGUAUUCCUCCAUGUACAUGUGCGACCCCAAGGUGACAUCAGCCCCGGGAGAGGUGACCUGGAGGCAGGAGGAGUGCUAUCGAUACCUGGCCUCUCUCCUGAACCUGCUCCUGGGCGUCCGGGUGCUGCUGGUGGUGACCACGGCCGGUGCCCUCGUCAUUGCCGCCUGCUGCCUCGUCUGCCCCUGCCAGGCCUUGUGCUGCCGGGCGCAGGACCGGGAGGAGACAGCGGUGGGUACAGAGCCACUGGUGAUCUCCGUGCCCGCGGCCCAGGCCCAGCCAGGUGAAGAAAUGCAUGUGGACAGUGCCUGAGCCGGGCACGACCCCAGGGCUGCAUCAUUACCAGGCCCACUCUGCCCCCUGCCCUAGCUGCAGCCGUGCCCAACACCGUGCCAUACUGUGCCGUGUCUACAGGCAAUAAAGCAUCUCCACAUCUGCAUGGGGUCUGGUGUUUGCUG